GGCCCUCCCUCCCGGACUACGGCUCCCAGAGUUCUCCGCGGCGAGCACGGCUUGGCGAUGGCGGCGCCCGGCCCUGAGGCGAGCGACGGCGACAGCGAGGAAGAAGCGGCGGCCUGGCAGCGCCUGCGGGAGGCGGCCUGGGAUCCGGCGCUCGGUCGAGCGGCCGCCCUGGAUCCAGUCGAGAAUUCGAGGAAAAGGAAGCAGCAGGCAGGUGGAUCCAGCAUCAGAGAGAAGAUCUGCAAUCAUGAGCAGGAUGGAAAUGAACUGCAAACCACGCCAGAAUUUCGAGCACACGUUGCAAAGAAACUGGACACGAUCUUGGACAAGGUGAUAACCCUCUCGACGUGCCCACUGCGACUCCCGCGACAUGAGAACAGCGCCUUCCUGGAAGAAGACAACGGAUUCCGCCUCUUCUCCUCCUCUGUCCUGGGAGACUGUGGGGAGCCAGAAGCCGCCCCUCGGAAACGGUCGGCAUUGCAGCAUUCCAGCUCCAGCCUGGAAAGUGACUCAGAUUGGCACAGAUGCCAAGAGGUUGCGGUGACGGCAGCAGACAUUCUGAAACAGAGCGGUCUGCCCCCGCCAGUGGCCCAGGACUCCGGCCAAACAAUAGAGGCUACGUGGAAGAAAGUCAAAAAGAAGAAGAAGAAGAAGAAGAAAGGGAAAAGAGAGGAGAAUGGCCAGCCCGGGGCCAUCGAAGCAGUGAGUAACAGCCAGAACAAGGAGCUCUCGUGUCCCAGCAGUCCGGAGGCCAUCAGUUGGACAGAGACGAUGCAGAGGAAGAGAAAGAGGAAAAGGAGGAAGGCGGAAGCAGGAACAGACUGACCCUUCCUCCAAUACUUAUUUGCCAGGGGGAGUUACUUCACAGGGGGCAGGGGGCUCCUGAGUUGG